AUGCGCGGUCUCGACCCAGCUUCUCAGGUGCUGCUGGGCUGCGGCCAGGCACCCAUGUCUCUGCCCAAGACACCAGGCGGCGAGGUCACGGCCGAGGCGAACCCCGACGGUCAGGGCGUGCGCUUCACCCUGAAGCUCAGCAACCUGCCCACUACCGGCGGCCCCUUCUCCUACCAUCUUCACGUGGACCCGGUGCCCGAGAACGGCAACUGCACGGCGACGCUGGCGCACCUGGACCCGUACAUCCGCGGCGAGGCGACGCCCUGCGAAAAGUCCUCCCCCGCGACCUGCCAGGUGGGCGACCUGAGCGGCAAGCACGGGGCCAUCACCCCCGACGCGGAGGGCGCGUUCGAGGCGACCUACGUCGACCUGUACGCGUCGACGCUCGAGGGCAUCGGCGCCUUCUUCGGUAACCGCAGCAUCGUCUUCCACCACCCCAACAAGACCCGCAUCAGCUGCGCCAGCUUCGAGCAGGUCACCCUGCCCGGCCCCGGCGACGGCGACGGCGGUGAUGAGUGA